UCAAGUUUUUCAUCUACUGUUUCCUUGAAGCUCCAGAUUAUUUGCAUACAGAGUGCCGUCUCAUCCAUACAGAUAUCAAGGACGACAACAUUAUGGUGACCAUUGAAAAUGACGCUGUCUUAGCUGACUUUGUCAAUUUUCACAAGAGGAAUCCCCAACCUAGGCACGUCCGAACCAAGGAUAGCCGCGAGAUCUACCUCUCACAAGGCAACUUUGGUCCUUUGCGAGGCCCCAGACUGUUGCCUCGGCUGGCUGAUUUCGACCUUGCCUUCCCUAGACGAGAUGGGGACCUUGGCCAUUUUCUGCCAUCCAAUCUCACCGGUUCCGUGCCCCGGAGGUACUGCUUGGCUGCCCAUGGUCGUCUAGUGUUGAUAUCUGGAAUCUGGAAUCUUGGUCUUCUUAUGUGGAAUUUUCUAGAAGACAUUAACCUGUUUGACCGGCCUGCUGGCGAAGAUGGCGAAUACGAUGCGCAUGUCCAUCUUGCCCAGAUGGUGUCUCUCCUGGGAGAUCCGCCUGAGGAGCUGGUCAAGAGGGAGCGACUUUUUCGCGAACACCAGCUCAAGAGGCCAGUCAUAAAUCCGCGCGGGAAGGAGUGCAAGAACAUGAAUGAGUUCUGGGGCGGUCCCUUUUUUGACGACGAUAACCAAAUUCUCCUCAGGGACCUUCUUGGGGGAGGGAAGAAGUUGGCAGAUACCGUCACGGAACUAGCUGGCGAUGAGAAAGAAGCAUUUCUUGACUUUGCUUCUGGCAUGCUCCAGUGGUUGCCUGAAAAGAUGAAGACUGCUAAGGAGCGGAUGCAACAUCCCUUUUUCGAUUCGUUUUACAAAGAUUGCGAGCGAGAUGGUAGGAAAUGUAGCAUUACUGAAAACAGUGGAUACAUGCAGAUUUUCAAGCUGAAAUAGGCUUCAGGCCAGCUAAAUAGGUGCCUUACCUUCCUCAG